AUGGUAACGGCGCUGCACACCAUGCGAGGUUUUGACUUCCCAAUCCAACUCAGCGAUAUGCACAAAGCACCCCGUGGAGGGGAUAACCGUCUGCCGGUCCACCGUCGGUCGAACCGUGGAAAGAUCAAAUUUCGGAACAAAUCACCGGGCCUCGGUGAUGGUCACACGUAUUCUGUAUCUCUACUACCUUUACCAGCAUUUAUUCAAAUAUUCGGACAUGUUGCUUACAGGUCGAGAAAACAGAGAACAAUUACAGCAAUGCGUUAUUUCAAGAUUGAAGCGUCUGAGGUGAACAGCCUAGAGGACAAGGUUUUCUUGAUCACCGGCGCGUCGUCCGGCAUCGGCCUUGCCACGGCCGAAUUGUUCCUCCGCAAGGGAGCAAACGCAGUUGUUAUUGCAGACACCGAAUGUCCUCCAGAAGAUUUAGACUCGAGAGUGCUCUACAUCCGGGCUGAUGUCACUGUGUGUGACGACCUCAGACUGUUAUUCGCGGCGACCAUCGAGAAAUACGGAAGAAUCGAUGUUGUCUUUGCGAAUGCUGGGAUUGUGGACAGAUCCGACUAUGUCAGCCUACGAGAAGAGGACGGCAAAGUUUUGGAACCGGACAGGCGCUCUCUCGAUGUCAACCUCUCUGGGUGUCUUAACUCGGUGGCACUAGUGAUUCAUCAUAUGCAAAAGUAG